CGGAACGUGUUGGGCGGCCGACCUCACCCCCUCACCCCUUCCCCGCCGGCCUCCCGAGUCGCCAUUGCCCUCGCUCCCCACCCUACUGCGCCACCAACCCCGCCCCGCGCUCCGCUACUAAAGCCGAGCCGCACCCACCACCAUCGCCAUGCUCCUCCCCCUCCUCAGAUCCCACCCGCUCCUCCACCACGCCGCGCGCCUGUCCUCCCCGCGCACCCGCCUGCUCCUCCGCCGCGACGCGCUCCCGCUCCAGCCCGCGCGCUCCCCGCCCCACCCGCCGAUCCGCAUGGCAGCCUCCUCCGGCUCCAACGCCAGCUCCCCCGCCCCGUCGCCGCCGCCUGCCGUGGUGCACAAAUCAAAGAUACAAUUUUGCCCUGCUUGUGGAAGCCCGACAAAAUUGGCUGUACCUGAUGGAGAUGAGAAGAUGAGGGCUAUUUGUUCUUCUUGUGGAAGAGUUCACUACGAAAACCCCAAAAUGGUUGUUGGUUGUGUGGUGGAGCAUGAUAAUAAGGUUCUCCUUUGCAGAAGAAAGAUUGAACCGGCUUAUGGUCUUUGGACUCUUCCUGCUGGUUAUUUGGAGGUGGGGGAGUCUGCUGCAGAAGGAGCCUCUAGAGAAACAUUAGAAGAAGCAUGUGCAGAUGUAGAGAUAGUCUCACCUUUUGCUCAGUUGGAUAUUCCGCUGAUUGGCCAAAGUUACAUUAUUUUCCGAGCAAGAUUGAAGACCCCCAACUUUUCACCUGGACCGGAGUCUCUAGAAUGUGCACUUUUUGCUCUGGAUGAUAUACCAUUUGAAUCUCUAGCAUUUUCUUCGAUCAUUGUCACCUUAAGGAUGUAUACUGAAGAUGUGAAGUCUGGAAGCAUCAAAUUUCACUAUUGCACUAUAAACAAAAGGUUAGGAGCCAGCCCUUCAGAUCUUCGGAGUUUCGAUAUCGAUAACCAUAUAGCUGUGUGAGGUUGAGAGGUCCUAAACCUUUCGUGAUUGAUGAGAAUGAUGCCAGCAUACAACGUGCACAAGGCAACUUAGCGAAAACAAUGACUAUCGAUUCAAGCAGUCUUGAGUUUUGAACCUCCAUUGCAGCCUUGUUUGGCGUCUCGCAGCAGAUUGGAAUAGAUUUCAAGUAGGCGGUGGAUACCCGGAACUGUAUAUUCUUCGCUUCCGUAUAGUUUGUUUUAGCUUGAUUCCGCUUUUGGAUUUCUUGGGAGCGCCAAGAAUUGUGCCAGUAGUGCGGUAAUUCUCGGGUGCAGAGGACUGAAUUAUCCUGCAUGCCAUGGCUGAGAAGCUGCGUCAGCAUCUGGACUCUGCUAUUGUAAUUCCGUGCUUGUUUGCUUAAUUACUCAGGGUUUGCUUGGUUGGCUACCAAAAUUUGCCAUACCAAAAUGUGGGCAUAUCAAAAAAAA